CCGUCGUGGUGAACGUUUGGAGCGCGCUCAGAGACCUGGUGCAGGCGCGCCGUGAAUAGCACGCGGUCUAAAUCGACGAAACCACCUGUAUAUCUACGAAAGUGAUAAAACUAUGAAGAUGUUGGCGAUGCCGGUGCACGUAUCCGCGGACUGUUUGUUGUAAUAGUGCGCGCUUAACGGGGAAAUAAUUUCGAAUCCGAGAACCUUUUGCAACGUUCAAAGAACUACGUUUAAGUGAUAAACAACUCUGGAUGGUGCUGUUAUCAUCGUUAUUCGAAGUGGAUUCUCCUUCGGAGAGCUUGUUAGAAGCGGAGGCUUCGCCCUCGUCGCCAGGUGACUUUUUGUCGAUGUUGUUCGUAUUGUUGUUGUUAGAGACGAUCGCAUGCUGCUGAGGUAGGUGGGCACGAGAUGCCACAGACGGGAAAUGCGUUCGGGUGCGUCCACGACCGUUCGGCACCCGGAAGACUUCUUCACGGGACCUCGAAGGCCCUGUAACGGCGCCCAAGCGUCCCAGGACGCCACAGAUUCCAAUAAUAACUCGCCAGGUUACGCUUGCCAUCUUCAGAACAAGUGCUCAGUACUAGUACAGGGCGAUUUGACCAACACCCCUUUGGUGGCGGCGAGUGCUCAGCCUUCCACCCCCGGCAGUCCCCUGCCAAGUAUGCUCCUUCUCCAGACACAGGCCCAGUUUGGAACUAGCAGCUUCGCUGAGCUACUGAAUGCACCCUUCUCGGAUGAGCCAAGCGCCGUCCUGUCUCCCGAAGAACUCGACCCUUUCGCAGACGUCGCUAUCCCCCCGCAGCCUUCGCCCCCCGCUGCCCCCCUACCGAGUUUUCAAGAAACUUAUCGCGGAUACCAGCAACCGCAGCCGCCAUUCAAAAUGGACGAAGAAUGCAGUUUCAACGUCUCCUACCAUCAUCCGGUACCUCCGGCCCAUCACUACGAUUAUCAACAACUUCAAUAUACUGCAGCUAGUCCGUACUAUCCACCGCCACCAACCUGCAGUCCUAGUUUCGAGACAUUGUUGGCGCAGGAGUCGCAUUAUUCCCUACCCGCAUACCAGAGUACCACGCCUGCAGAACUUCACGUUAGUACGUCGUUAAGUCCAAGACAAAGAAGAGCUUCCCUACCAUUGCAACGUUCCGAGUCGACGAGCAGCAGCGAAAGUCCAAAACUUCGUAUGGCAGGUCCAGGUCCAUCAGCUUCUUCAUCAGCAGCAUCUUCACCAGGAGGCCCUUCUGAACCCCAACCGCCCGCUUCAAAAGGUCCCACGCCGCCCUCCCCUUCACAGUUGUGCGCCGUAUGCGGCGACACCGCGGCUUGCCAACAUUAUGGGGUUCGAACAUGCGAGGGUUGCAAAGGGUUCUUUAAGAGAACCGUGCAGAAAGGUUCCAAGUACGUUUGUUUAGCAGACAAAGCUUGCCCGGUAGACAAAAGGAGACGGAAUAGGUGCCAGUUUUGCAGGUUUCAAAAGUGCUUGGCCGUAGGCAUGGUUAAAGAAGUCGUCCGGACGGACUCCCUCAAAGGGAGACGCGGACGACUACCAUCCAAGCCCAAAUCGCCCCAAGAAUCUCCCCCAAGUCCCCCGGUAUCGCUAAUUACCGCUUUAGUAAGAGCGCACGUGGACACUACUCCAGAUCUCGCUAAUUUAGAUUACUCGCAUUAUUUAGAACCUACCCCUAUUGAACCCGUUAUAUCGGAAGCAGAGAAAAUUCAACAAUUUUACUCGCUACUGACCACAUCGGUGGACGUUAUUAAGAGUUUCGCUGAGAAGAUACCCGGCUUCAUGGACAUUUGCGUGGAAGACAGAGACCUCCUCUUCCAGUCGGCCUAUUUGGAGUUGUUCGUUUUGAGGUUAGCGUAUCGCACUCACCCGAACGACAACAAGCUGACGUUUUGCAACGGGGUGGUCCUAGAAAUGCAACAAUGCCAGAGAUCAUUCGGUGAGUGGCUGCACGCCAUCAUGGAAUUCUGUGCCGGACUCCACGCAAUGGAAAUCGAUAUAUCGGCUUUCGCUUGCCUCUGCGCCCUUACAUUGAUUACAGGUAGGGAACGACAUGGUUUAAAGGAACCCCACAAAGUGGAGCAGCUCCAAAUGAAAAUUAUUUCUUCCCUGAGGGAUCACGUGACUUACAAUGCUGAGGCUCAGCGUAAAGCCCACUACUUCAGCCGAUUACUUGGAAAACUUCCGGAGUUGCGAUCCUUGAGCGUCCAGGGUCUGCAACGGAUAUUUUACUUAAAAUUAGAAGAUUUGGUUCCUGCCCCACCGUUGAUAGAGAAAAUGUUCGUCGCUAGCUUGCCUUUUUAAGAUGAUUAAUAAUAUAUAAACUCCAAAAUUCGAGUGAUCCUAGAGAUAACUUUUUCCAAACGUGAUAUCAACUGUUCUUUGUGAUUUGUUACGAGUAGGUAGCCUCUAGUGUUUUUUUUUUAAAUAAAAUUUUAGUUUUAGAUGGUUAAAUGUACGAUUUGGGAGAGAGGAUUGUCGGUUCUUGCCAGAACGAAUCAGAAGAAAGUGAUUGAAAUAACCUUGUGUUUAAAUAAAUUAAUUAAAAUAAAUGAUCGACGACGUCGAUGAUUUGCUUUUCUCGUCAUAACUUUGCUGUAGUAAGUAGUAACUCAAUUGAGCAAAGGUUUGUGAUACAUAUGGGCAUUUGUCAGCUGAAACUCAUUCAUUUUUUCUGUUUGAUAGUUGAGUAAUAAUGUGCUACACUUCUGAUGUAUAGUCUUUCUUUAAUAUUGGUGCCGUUUUGUUGAGAAUGGUACGCCAAAUGUUGUCGAUCCCUAAAGCACUUAGAAACUUAAAGAUAGGAAAAAAUUGGUCUGUUCAAAAUCUUAAAAUACUCGUACAUUCCUUCUUUAAUUAAACUACGGCCUAACAUAUCAAAAGGGUUUCCGAGUUUCUGUCAGUGGACCGAACAAUCAUCUUUAUCAAAUUGCAAAAUUUCGUUUGAUGUGUUGUACUAUUUUUAAAAAUGCACAUUUCGGUGUUUAGUGAGUCCCAUUUCUACUCUUAUGGCUUCUAUGUGUCUGUAGACUUUUCUCGGUACUACAUUUACGCUGCGUUCGAGUAAGAAUAUACUGCGAGCAGAAAAUGGUUACGGUAACUGAUUAUCUGCCCAUUAUAUUUCUAUAUAGAUGUCCUUAUUUUACAUUUUAAUGUCGAAGCUACUUAAACUCUUAGAUAGAACAAUUUACUAUGUAUUUUUCGUAAGUGACAUUAGUGUUUAAGGUGUUAUGUACGCAACUUUUUAUAAAUGUCUACUUUGUUAUAUGAUACUCUAGCACUUUUAAGCAUUUUUCACUAGACGGUUCAUAAAACUUUUGGGUGGUCUGGAAAUUAUUCAAUUUUAUGCUUUAUGAAAUAAUAUAGCAUAAAAUGAUAAUUUGGGUCAUUCGCUAAAGAUAAAAAGACGUAAGAUAUGGUUAAAGAGACCUGAUACAAUAUACUCGAGCAGAAAGAUUUUUCAUGAGUUUCUUUUUGGAGAUAAGUGAUAUUAUAUAGAUGUACAGUUUUAGGCUUUUAAUAUAUUUUUUCAAUGUUACCACCACAAAAAGUGUGGAAAAUUACUAAUUAU